CGCCCUGGCAGGGCCUGGCUCCGCGGCCAUGUGACCCCGCGGCCUGGCGGGGGCGCGACGGGACGCGCUGGGACUGGCGUCGGGGGUCGCGGGCGCGGCCCGGGGCGGGGGCGGCAUGGAGCGGAGGUGGGUCUUCGUGCUGCUCGACGUGCUGUGCGUGCUGGUCGGUAAGAGCCGCGGGGACUCGUGUGUUGGGGGAGGACCCCGCCCCCGGCGGCACGCGCCCCGGGUCUCCGCAGCCUCUCUGCCUUUUGCCAUCCUGACGCUUGUGAACGCCCCGUAUAAGCGAGGGUUCUACUGUGGAGAUGACUCCAUCCGGUACCCCUACCGUCCAGACACCAUCACACAUGGGCUCAUGGCCGGGGUCACCAUCACGGCCACCAUCAUCCUUGUCUCGGCUGGAGAGGCCUACCUGGUGUACACAGACCGCCUCUACUCGCGCUCUGACUUCAACAACUACGUGGCCGCGGUCUACAAGGUGCUGGGCACCUUCCUGUUCGGGGCUGCUGUCAGUCAGUCGCUGACAGACCUGGCCAAGUACAUGAUCGGCCGCCUGCGGCCCAACUUCCUGGCGGUGUGUGACCCUGACUGGAGCCGCAUCAACUGCUCCAUGUAUGUGCAGGUGGAGAGGGUGUGCAGGGGAAACCCCGCCAACGUCACCGAGUCCAGACUGUCCUUCUAUUCCGGACACUCCUCCUUCGGGAUGUAUUGCAUGAUGUUCUUGGCGCUCUAUGUGCAGGCGCGGCUCUGCUGGAAGUGGGCGCGGCUGCUGCGGCCCACAGUGCAGUUCUUCCUGCUGGCCUUUGCACUCUACGUUGGCUACACCCGUGUGUCUGACCACAAGCACCACUGGAGUGAUGUCCUCGUUGGCCUCCUGCAGGGGGCGCUGGUGGCCGGCCUCACUGUUCGCUACAUCUCUGACUUCUUCAAGUCUCGGCCCCCACAGCACUGCCUGGAGGAAGAAGAGCUGGGACGGAAGCCCAGCCUGUCACUGACGCUGACCCUGGGUGAGGCUGACCGCAACCACUAUGGGUACCCGGUCUCCUCUUCCUGAGGCAGGGCCCCCGGCUGUGGGUCCGGCUGGGCAUCAGCACGGUUGUGAUCCUGGCGGGGCCCUCCCCCGGGGUGGUGAUGGGGACUCUGGAUGGGCUCCGGGUGCCCCGUGCUGGUGCUGGACGGCAUCCCACCAACCCCACCUCCUGUGCACUGGACCCACGGUCUGGGGGUGCACAGGGCCGCCCCAGCGCACAGAAAGGGGACCUUGUGCUCUCAGCUCCCUCAGAACCCCCUUCUGUUGGAUUAGAGGGGAGCCGAGAGCUCUGGAUAGAUGCUGUUUUUGUAAAGUGUAAUGUAUUCCUGGACUUUUAGUAAAAGAGGGUGUUUGCUCGACAUGUGGUGUCAGCCUCUGUUCCUUACGGCCGUUCUGAGCACGGUUCCGACAGCAGACGGGGGACGCUUGCUUCCCUGCUGGGGCUCAGCGGAGCUCAGGCGUCAGAGCAGCUGGUGGCGGUGUUGUCGUCUGGAGACAUGGGGAGAGUGGCCCACUCCCUCCCUGGCCUCACCCCGUGUAUGUCUUCAUCUGGCUGCCGAUUGGUCACACCCUUUAAUAAGCUGGUAAACCUCAGUGUUCCCUGAGUUGUGUGAGUCCUAGGGAGCAGGUCAUGGGAACAUGCUGUCUAGUUGGUGGGUCGGAAGCACUGGUAAUGGCCUGGGGCUGGUGGCGGCCUUGUGCGACUGAGUCCUUAACCGGCGCGACCAGAUGCUAUCUGGAGGCAGACCAUAUGAAUUUAGUUCUCAGACAACCCCCCCCCCACCCUGAUAUUGAAAUUGGGUGUGGAAACUGAAAGAAUUGUUGUUUGUGAACUGGUUAAGUCAACAAGGCGAAUGAAAUUAACAGCCAAGCCCUCUUGGGCUGCCUCUGGUCCUAUCAGCAAGGGGGAAGGCUGGAGGAAGCAGGCACAUCCUGGCACAGUGCCCAGGGCAAGGGUCCGGCAUCCCUGCCACAGGCUCCCGCUGUUGUCCAGGCCCUGGGGAGGGCGAGGGUUGGAGAAACUCCGAGUUCGAGUUAGGGUGCAGAAAGGUGUCUCCGUGGCCCUCCCCUCAUGGUAGGGAGGCCUCUGCUGAAAGCCCCCCUCCCCCAGUACAGGCCCCCCAUGGAAACACUGGGGUAGGAAUUCAGAUGGAGCUCAGAGCCUAGUCGGAGGGGCUGGAGUCCUCGCCUGCAGCCUCCUUGGACGGCCUGCAGGGCUGUGCCCCAGGUCUGCCUCGGUGGGGCCUGGAAGGUCCCAUGUGGGGUGUGGGCCUGGGGCCGGACUCCUUAUCCCCUUUCUGCUUGGGAUAUACUCCCUCCCUCCAACGGAUGGGGACCCUGUCCUCAGAUCCUCCCGUCUCAGCAGUGCCCACCUUUAAUGGACGUACCUGGGGCUCCAAGUCUGGAGGACUUCCUGGAGGACUCGGCCUGACUCUUUCCCUCUGGUCGUGCACGUGGGGCUCCAGAACCUGCUGCUCGUCCUCUGUCUUGAGUGACAACGCUCCGCCAUUCACAGAAGUCAGCGGUGCAGAAGGAAAAUAGACUAACUGCUAGAAAUACGUACUUUUCAAAAAAGGAGAUGUGGGGGUGCCUGGGGGGCUCCGUCGGUGAAGCGUCUGCCUUUGGCUCAGGUCGUGAUCCC